GCGCCAGUUUCCGUGACGCGUUUCCUUCCGGUGUCUCGAGUCUCCGUCACGAGUCGGAGAGAAGGCGGCGGUUUGGUGAUACAGAACGGUCAGCAUCAAUCAGCAGUAACCUGUUCAGGCUUUUACAUUUGAUUAAAGAUGUCUUUGUACCCGUCCUUAGAAGACCUUAAAGUAGACAAGGUGAUCCAGGCUCAAGCUUCAUAUGUGGCAAAUUCUGGAACUCCUGCAAUUUUGUCUGAAAACGCAACCUGUCCAACUUCAGAUGGUGGCCUUUAUCCCUGCCUGUAUCCUGAAUUGUCUCAGUAUAUGGGACUUAGUCUGAAUGACGGGGAGAUACAAAAUAACAUGGCUAUGGUUGCAGUACCAGAGCAAACUGUUGCUAGACCAUCUAGUAUAAAUUACAUGGUGGCACCAGUAACUGGAUCCGAUUUGGGUCUUCGGCGAGCCGAAAUCAAACAGGGUAUCCGGGAAUUAAUUCUCUGCAAGGAUCAGGAUGGAAAGAUUGGCAUUCGCCUCAAAUCAAUUGACAAUGGUGUCUUUGUCCAACUUGUACAAGCAAACUCGCCUGCUUCUCUGGCUGGUUUAAGGUUUGGUGACCAAGUCCUACAGAUAAAUGGUGAGAAUUGUGCAGGCUGGAGUAGCGACAAGAGUCAUAAAGUACUGAAACAAGCUUCUGAUCAAAAGAUUAGUAUCAUAGUUCGUGACAGGCCUUUUGAACGCACCAUCACUAUGCACAAAGACAGCACGGGACACGUUGGCUUCAUUUUCAAAAAUGGCAAGAUCACCUCAAUUGUAAAAGACAGCUCAGCAGCCAGAAAUGGACUCCUAACAGAACAUAAUAUCUGUGAGAUUAAUGGGCAGAAUGUCAUUGGACUGAAGGAUACACAAAUUGCUGACAUUCUGGCCACAGCAGGGAAUGCAAUAACCAUUACCAUCAUGCCUUCCUAUAUUCAUGAGCAUAUGAUGAAAAGGAUGGCUUCAAGCAUCAUCAAGUCCCUUAUGGAUCACACUGUUCCUGAAGUGUAAAUGCAGUGAUUAACAGUGACUUAACCUAUUAGCCUUUUAGAUGGCCUUAGUCUAGUUAAAACAGCAGCUUGGAUAGGACUUGGCUUACACAUUAAAGCAGUUUUAAGUGUAAAAUGGCUAUUAACUGUUGCUGCCUGACUGCAUAUUUACUGUUAAACUACUAUACAAAUUAUGAGCUGCUUUACUCAAUACCAUCAGUUUACAUAGCAAAGAAAUGGCACAUUAGCAUUUUGUCUCUUAACCAUUCCAUUGUACACUUUAUUGUUCCAUAUCCUUUGAUCAUUUACACAUGGUGUGGAAUUGUGAUUUGACAGUAUUGAGCAGUUAAUUUCAAGAAAAUUGUGAAUCUUGAUUUCCAUACGCUAGCUAAUCAAUAUCUAUGUAGAUUCUUGACUAAGAUGUCUUGUAGUUCUUGGUUAUUUUUGGUCCUGAUUGUAUUAGUCCAUUUAUUCUGUAUAGCCUGCUACUAAGUUUUGAGACUAUCAUUGUCCUUAAGUGUCUCGUAAGACAUCUGAAUGCAGUUUAAUUUGAUUACAGCAAAUAAAGAAUCUUGAAUAUUU